UAUAGAGAUGAGAUGACUUGCACAACAACUGAAAUAUUUUAAAGUAAUGUAAAUAAAUUAUGGUUAAUAAGUGAUAAGCGGUAAUGGGCAGUCACUGCCAUCAUGGGAUUUUUAUUAAUUGUUUUAUUCUGUGUUACAGCAUUCAACCCACAUAAUGCAUUUGUUUAUUAUUUAAUUAAUCGAACCAAAAUCAAAAAGCACUAAAUCGCUCAGUACUACUGUAAAUGUAUUGACAUAAACGUCUAUCCUGUGACACACAUCUUUUCCCAUUGAAUGAAAUGUAUUGACAUCACAGGAUGUUUGUGGCAAUUUAAUUGGGGAGGACGGGAUUGUGGUAAUGGCUGGAGCAGAAUCAGUGGAAUGGUAUCAAAUACGUCAAACGCAUGAUUUCCGGUUGUUUGAUGCCAUUCCAUUUGCUUUGUUCCGGACAUUGUUAUGAGCCAUUCUCCCCUCAGCAGCCUCCUGUGAUUAACAUAAGCAUCAAUUAGUUGAGAGACAUAUUUUCCUAUUGACUGUAAUGUAUUGACAUGAGUGUCACAAUGUUGAUGCUUAUCUUUUCUCAUUGACUGCAAUGUAUUGACAGAAGAGUCAGUUGGUUGACGCUCAUAUUUUUCCAUUGGCACCACAAAGCCUGCUGGGAGCAUAACCAGUUGACAUAGAUUCAGAUUUGGUCCAAUCAUCAACUAUAAUGUCCUGUACUGUGAUGUCCAAACUUGUGAAAAACAUUUCACAAGUUUGGACAUCACAGUACAGGACAUUAUAGUUAUGAAAAGUAGAGUAUAGUACAUACAGUAGAAUAAAAGUAUAGUUCAGUAGAGUACAGUAUAAUGUACUGUAUUUUACCCUAAUGUACUCUGCUCUACUAAACUGUACUGUAUUCUACUGAAUUAAACUUUACCGUACUCUAAGCUCUACUGAACCGUGUCGAACUGUAGCGUGCUGUUAUAAAUUGUGAAAUUUAGCCUAGAUAUCUAUAAUUCGUUCAGAUUUAGUCUGGUCUGGCCAAAUGUGUACUUGUUUGGGUGCGGAGCUCAUUGGAAUAAUACCCAGCAUGCUUUGUAAGUAUUUGUUUGAACAUUUACAUGUUGGACAUUCAGCAGACGCUCUUAUCCACAGCGACUUACAGUCAGUGCAUCCAAAUAAGGUAGACCUCUUUUCAACUUUCAUUCAGAACCAACAAUGAACCUUAUUUUUACAUCUGGAAAAUACUUCCAAAAGACGUCUUUUCAACGUAAUUUCUCUCACUGGGGACUAUGACUGAUAACAAAAACUGCGUGUUUCAGUCAAAUAUGAAAUGAGAAGACAUCAUAUAAAUCCAACAGGCGCUGGCUGACAACGAGGUAUUUCAUGUUUGUGGCUGAUUAAACAGAGACCCCAAUCAUAUUGGGAUUGGUGAGGCCAGUUAGUGAAGGUAUCCUCCAUUUUAUAAAUUGUGGGGAACCACAAAAGAAAACACUUGUCUGGGAAAUUGAACUGUUGUCACCCACCUACAUGUGAAGUUGUCUCUGUUGUGGAAGCAUCAUGUCAGACAUGACAUAAUAGCAUAUUGACAGGGUGUUCAAUUCCAAUUCCCAGCACUAGAAUGGAAAGCGUUGCAUGUUAGCUACGUCGUUUUUAUUCAAGGCUAUGCCGGAGACAAAAACAUUCACCUUUUAUCUCUGCCUCUAAAUAUACAUGCACCUGUCUUUAUGUCAGUUAAUUCAAGGUUAUUAUAAGUGCAAUUAUGUAUGACUGCCUUACGAGAACUAAUUAUUGCAGCAGCUAGCAGGCUAUUGGAGUAGGCUACUAGCCCUAGCAGUUCAGUCCUCUUCAAUGGAAACCUAACAUUACUCCGGAAGAGGUGACUGCAGUCUUUUACAUUGUAAAAUUCAGGGAACAACGCAUCAUUGUGUUUUUCUUUUGUAUAUCUGACUUUGUCUUGGUCUCACUAUUCGGAAGUGUGGCAUCUGAACAGCAUUCCUGUGCUUCUAUUUUGAGUUACAGUAAUUCCCUCAAACACACACCAAACAACUCAGGGAUAGGAUCUACCCGUUUUGCCUCAGUUGGAUCUAAAACAGUUCUACCUCCUUAAUUUCCUAUCUUACUGUUGACAGACAGUGGAGAUGUUUGAAACGGUCUUUGUAUACAGGAGACGCCAUGAGGAAGUGCAGUCCCUGGACGUUUCUCCCUGCCAUGUACUCUCUCUUCACAGCUGCUGGACUCUGGGUUGUGUAUUUCAUAGCCGUUGAAGAUGAGAAGAUAACACCCCUGAGUUCAGAAUACAACCGAUCUGGCUCUAAAUCCCCUCCAUAUAUAAGCUUUGCAGGCAAUGCUCCCCCGGCCAGCUGUGUAUUUAGCCAGGUCAUGAACCUGGCUGCCUUCGUAGGGUUCAUCAUUGGUCUCCUCAGAUACCUGCAGCUGAAGCCCCAGGUCCACAAACCCUGGCUUAACAUCAGCAGUCUGGCGUCCCUAUCCCUGGCCUGCUUCGGCAUGACACUGUUGUCAAAUGACAAGGAGCUCCACAACAUUGGGACGUACAUGACGUUUGGCCUGGGAACGUUGUUCUGCUGGGUUCAAUCUGUCAUCACCCUGAAAGUCAACCUUAGGAACGAGGGUCGGAGGGCAGGCAUCCCUCGCUUCGUGCUGUCUGGGGCCCUCACCGCCUGCAUGCUUUUCUACUUUGCCCUGAUUGCGCAGCGUCUUCACAUGCAUGCGGCGCGAGCGCAGUGGGCGCUGGUCAUGUUCUUUCUGAGCUUCCUCGCAACCUUCGCCAUCGAGUUCAGACACUGCCACUUUGAGAUAGUCUGCACCGACAACCGCAACCCGCCUCUCAGCCUGUCAGCAACUUUCUUAGAGGUGUCCGAGUACCAGUCGGAUCAACUAUAGCUUUGGAGUGCUACAAAACAGUUAAGUUGCGCCUGUGGUUGUGUCGGGGGGGGGGGGGGGGGGGGGGGGGGUGUACAAAUGAACAUGAAGUCUUUAGGAGGUCAAGGGCUCCAGUGGGUGUCAGUUACUGAAGAGUUAGUCAACCACUACACUAACAAUUUCAUUGAAGACAUGAACAUGGAUGUUUAUCAUGUAGCUGUGAGUUGUUGGAGAACUCACAUUAGUUAAAUACAAAUAGUGAUCAACUUAAAUAUGUUUUUUAUUUAAAAUGCUUUAAAAAAUAAAAGGUGAAAGAAACCCUGGGAGGUCCCUUAAAAUGUGCAGUCUGCAGACUGGUACGACUCUUGGUACCCUGGGUGUAGCCUAGAUACCCGACUGUUUCUGUGUUCAACAACGCUACACAGUUACCUGGCUAAGACAACGACAUGUUGGCUAGAGCAGAAACAGACUGGCACCCAGGCUCCUCUUUUAGUGCACUCCCAAAAUCCUUGGAUCAAUGGCCUCCCCUCCCCUUGGACAAACAGUUCUUAUGAGAGUGGCCUGGUUCAAUUUCAGUUAGUAGCUUCUUCUCAUAGCCCACUCCCCUUCAGAGUCUGUAAGGACCAGAUAGGGGAAAGCAAUAGCUCCACCUGGCUCUCCAAUAGGCUUAAAAAAGGAGCAUCAAUCACUUUGCUUUUACCAUUCCAGUCCUUUGAUAAGAUCCAAGGGGCAGUAGGUGCUAGGGGAAGAGGAUAGGGAACAUGAUUGAACGGGGCUAGUGAGUAAGUGGUCUCCCUCUCUCUAGCUGUGUUCCGAUUCUCUCCCAAGUGUACACUCAUUACUCCCCUUCAUGUAUUUAGAAACAAAAAGGUGUUAGAUAUAUUUGGCGAAACCUCCCAUGCGUACACUUAUCCAGUACCUUUACAUCCACAAGGGGGGAGUCAAUGAGUGCACACUGAGGAGGAAAAGGGCAGAAUUCGAACGGCAGCAUCUCUCCCCUCCAGUGUUAAACGCCGCCUGUCACUUCCAGUUGGCUGAAAGUUGUAAUGAGGUUAUAGUGUGACCUCUCCUCCUCCGUCAGCUCCAUGUUCCCCGGCCGCACCACCACCGCCACGUUCACACCCGCAUCCUCCGCUGCCUUGGCCUCUGCAGGGAAGAACAAAAACACAAAUAUCCUUCUCUCGAUCAUGCUCACUGAGUCACACUAGGAUCCCAGGACAGCAGGCUCACCCAAGUCCCAGUGUCGGUGUAACAGAGGCACUAACCCUUGGUUGUACGCUAAGCUAACAACCUACACAACAAAGGAAGGUAGAACAUUAAAGGUGAUUGUGGGGCCAGCCUGAGGCAGCCGUGUGGCUCUCCAUGCAAUGGCAUCCGCUUCCCCUCAGGGUAGGGUGACCACAUUUAAAAAUAUCCAAAUCAAUGAGUUUGAGGGACAUUCGCACCCCUCCACUAAUGUAGCCCAUUGAAUAUCUUUAUAGAAAAUGCGUCCUCCAACUGCAACAUCUGCCUAUGAAAUUAGUAUUUGUAAUACCCUCAAAACACCAAGUCAGGCUACCUAAUAUGGACAAUUCUUCACGUUUUAUGGUGAAAUGUCCAAACUGCAUGCCAAUCAUUUGAUCUCAAAUCGGUUUCAUUGGAAUAUUCAUUUAGAUCUUCUUGAAUUACUGUUUUGUGAGAAAAUAUGGUGUUAAACUAUAUAGCCUUAUUUUUUUUUUCUCUCCAAUCAAAAUCCCAUUCUGCCUCGUGGCGCACGCUGUGGAGUUCUGAUUGCAUUUGAUUUUUUAUAAAUGUACUAUUCAGCUAACCAUUUUUAAAAUCUCAAGAAAUUAGUAACAGUAACAUUAUGCUAUUAUAUUUGGUUAUAUAGAAUAUAUAGAAUAAUUCAACCGUGUGAUAUUCCGAGACAUGGAUUCAGCUUUGAUCCAACUUUACUAGAUGAGCACCACUGUAAGAAGUGGCACUGCUCCUACAGCACUACACCCCUUCUCCCGCUGCACUGAAUGAGCCAACUGAAGCACGCCUAGCCUACUCUUUUGGUGAUGCGCAAAUUCAUAUAUAUAUAUAUAUAUAUAAAAAAACACCACAUGUGGCUGUUUUAUGAAAAUCUGUGAGUGUGUGGCCAAGGAAACAUUUCUAGUUGGUCUCAGGGAAUGUAUAACAGGAUUGAGUGAAGUAGUAGAAAAUAUGAUGAAUGAGCAACUAAUGAGCAUAGAGAGCCUCAAGUUUGACAAUCACCCUAUAGCCCAUCUUUCAGUCUAAUACGGCUGUGGACUUACUCUUCAUCAGCUUUUUGUAAGUAGUUAGGCCUAACUGUCCUGAGUUUAGCUGGAAUUUAGCCCGAAAGGAUUUGAGAAAUGUCAUUGGUUGACAUUGGCCUGUGUCUCGUCUUGAACAGAAUAUCAGAUCUCAGCAACGAUUGGAGAAGUGUUCAACACCCCUGUACCAAAUCCUAAUGAUAUAGGCCUACAUCCUUCCAUAAGCCUAACUGCAAGAGACCGGUUUGAAUGAAAAACGGGACAAAUGUAAAAUAAUAAAUUGAAAUUUGUUUGAAUUUGUUGAUAAAAUGCAGGACAUAACAGUAUAGUUGCGGGAUGGGGGACAAAGGGCCAAACUGCUGGACUGUCCCGCGCAAUCCGAGACAUGUAGUCGCCAUACCUCAGGGGGAGGCUCGCACUCUGAUGCAGUACAGCAUAUAGCUCUAACACUGUACUGAUUUAACGCUGAUAGAACAGCCUUUCCAAGUGCUAUUCUGCUCUAAAGCAGGGCUAGCUACAUGGCUUCAGUUAUCAGGUAAACGUAUCAUCUUCAUGUUACCCAGUAGGUUAUUGAGAACAUGCGUGUCCAUAAAACAGGAAAAUAAAUACAAGUUAAAAUAUGCCCAUUUGAUAUUCUAUAAGCAGCAUAUGUACUUGUCUAAUGCAGGCUGGGUUGUUGUAGUUUAGGACAAGCAAGUGGGAAAUUCCACUGUGGAAUUCAGUCAUAGCUAAGGUUGGCAAAGCUUCAGAGGCUGAUCCAGCUAGGUAGAAAGGCUCUGGCCCAAACAAUAUGUAAAGAGCAUUCACCGUUGAACUCAUUUGCCCGCUACAACACUUACCCCGUGUGAUAUCUGUCAGGAACAUGAUUUCCUCAGACAGGCAGCCCAUUCUCUCCGCAAUUCUCUCAUAGCUUUUACUUUCUACUUUGGCGCCUAUGUUGGUGUCGAAGUGGCCAUCAAAUAGCUGAAAGGAUAAAGAAACUAUUGUCUAGUUAGGCUAUAACAAUGAAAAUAAAAAUUGUGAUAACUGCACUGUGAUUUUCAUUUUGUGAGACCCUCCCCCCACCCACCCAUUGUUUAUCGAUUGACUUUUUCUAAACGUUAACAAUCCCAACUGCGUUUAAAUAUUCACACCCCUAAUUACAAUAAACCAGAGAGAUUAGUGUGUGUUCUAAAAAGUUUAUAAAAGAGAAGAGUUCCUUACAUCUAGGACAUCUCCCUCUACAGAGUAUCCAAACAGUAGUUUCUGGGCUUCCACACUGCCAGAUGAGUAGAUAUAGACCUUCAGGCCCUGCCGUCUCCACCUCCUGAUGGAUGGAACCACAUCCUGGUACAGCCUGGUUCACACACACACACACACACACACACACACACACGUAAUACGGUCUGGAUGAGUCAACAGGACUCCAGACAAUGAUGGUUUGAAGGUGACAUUUGGAAGAAAUGCAGCAGUACAAUAGGACUUGAUCCUCUCGCAGGCAGUUUAGAAACAAUUAGCAUUAAUACCACUACAUAAGACUAAACACAACCUGUAGAUCUCCAUUCCUGCAGGGAAAAAAUAUUAAAAAUCUCUCAAUCUGUGCACAGAUACAGUUGUGGCCAAAUAUAUUGGCACCCUUGUCCUUCCCUUAAAUAAUUUCCCAUUUCUUCUAAAAUAGGUUGAACUGGAAAAUAAACCAACGACAUAUGGCAACGUAGUAUUAGAGCAUAUCCACAAUUUCACACAAAAGUAUGGGCUCAUUCAGAUCAAAAAGUGUUGCACCAUUUCCAUUACUCAAAUGACAGGCUGGCAAGAAUCUAUCCAAAUUUCAACCCCAAGUGUUUGUGAUGGUGAGGAAUUUCCUCACCUUCCGCCCUGUUCAAAAAUUGCAGAACUAAGAACAGAUAUAGCCCGUGGUUCACUCCAGACCUGACUGCCCUUGACUAGGACAAAAACAUCCUGUGGCGGACUGCAAUAGCAUUGAAUAGUCCCCACGAUAUGCAACUGUUCAGGGAAGUCAGGAACCAAUACACGCAGUCAGUUGGGAAAGCAAAGGCUAGCUUUUUCAAGCAGAAAUUCACAUCCUGUAGCUCUAACUCCAAAAAGUUUUGGGACACUAAAGUCCAUAGAAAGCAAGAACAGCACCUCCCAGCUUCCCACUGCACUGAGGCUAGGUAACACGGUCACCACUGAUAAAUCCAUGAUAAUCGAAAAUAUCAAUAAAGCAUUUCUAAACGCUGGCCAUGCCUUCCUCCUGGCUACUCCAACCCCGGCCAACAGACUUUUUUCUACUGUGUUAUUGGCUUGUUUAUCGUUUACUCCAUGUGUAACUCCUGUGUUGUCUGUCACACUGUUUUGCUUUCUUGGCUAGGUCGCAGUUGCAAAUGAGAACUUGUUCUCAACUAGCCUACCUGGUUAAAUAAAGGUGAAAUAAAUAAAAAAUAAAAAAAUUGAGCUCAGAGGCUUAGAUUUUUACUGCACCCUGCAAUCCCACCUGCAACCCUGUACAUGUGACCACUGAGGCCGUCCUGCUUUACGUUAGUUUUAACAGUGGCCAUGUAGGCUACUUGAUUAUAAUGUAGGCCUACCAGUGGCCUACCAUCAAAAACAAUGGAGAAAAUGCAUCCCAUAACAUUUUAACAUGGAAAUAUCUGUUCUAUCAUGCAGCCAAUAUGUGGUGUUCAAUGUAGGCCUACAUUCCAUGAGACUUUUGAAAAUAAACAUGCAGGGCUUGACAUUAACCUGUUUAUCCACUUGUCCUUCAGACAAGGAUGUGACUGAAAAUGUUGUGCUUGAUGCAAGAAAACACUUCAAAAUAAAAUGCAUUAUUAUUCCCAUACCAUUAUUACAGAGAAUCAGACAAAUUAUGCUACCCUCUGCCUCCACUUACCUUAUUCAAGCCGGUCUCAAAAUAUCUUUACCUGACUCACUUUUCAAAGAGGUCUAGAAAUGUUUACGUUUUGUGCCCUUGUAGGAAGCAAUCACUCCCUUAGACUACAAAUGAUCUAACUGGGCUAAUAACUCACUAACUAGCAAAGGAUUUGAACAGAAUGUGCACACGUGGCUACAUGCAGCUUUCUCUUUAAAUCUCAAAACAAGCUCAUCUACUCAUGACCGAUCAUGCUGUAAACAGUCCAGUUCAAAGUAAAUGGCACAGAUCCAUAUGUUCUACUUGCAUAAAGGCCUACUGCAGCUCAGAUUGUUUAUUCCACACCGGUCUGUGUACACUAGAGUAUGGGCGGAGUCGUACGUGUCAAUGCAAUAGAAUCCUACUCUGAUGCGUUCUGCCUACAACAAAAUUGUUUGCAUAGUUUGUUUUGGUAUGUUGCAUUGAAAGUGGCUAAUAUUGCAUUGAUUUAAUCAAUUGCCACAGUAAAGGGAAACAUUGAUAGUGUUAACAGGGAAAACUCUAGAACAGUGGUCACCAACCUUUGAGUCAAAGUACAAGCCAAGAUCUACCACUCAUGUUUUUAUUUUAUUUUUUUAAACAUAACCCUAUGCAACAUUAACUAAUUAAAAACAGAACUGUGGCAAUGAGGUUUGUGCAGUAAGCUAUAGGCCCAAUACAUUAUCACCGCAUAUUGGCUUUGCUUGAAUUGCCCUGCCAAUGCAUUGUUGGUCAGGUCAUUUUUAGGCUAUAUGAUCACAACAGUAAUAGAUCAGUUGUUGUAUUACUUGUAUGCUCACUCAGCUGUGCUUCACAUUUAAAUAAUUUGCUUUUUUUUUUUUUUUUACUAUUGGGCUGAUUGGGCCUGUAUCUAAUGGUCAGUCAGUGGAGGGAGAGAGCAUUAGACUGAGAGUCCACCUCAACAUGUCUCCCUUACCAUAAAAGGGACACCGUCUUCCAGAUGAUGGCGAAACUCGAGUCGCACCGCAUUAUUUCUGCCUCAUGCACAAAUUCAUGUUGUUACUCCUAUGAACAGAGAAUGCAAUAUUCCUCAAUAUUAAAAAGAGACCCAAGCCGCUAAUAACACAAGCCUAUAGAUACAUUUUCCUACUCAUUCCUGCUGCAGUGCUUGUAGCGCUGAGUGGAAAUGGGAUUUAUGGCUUAUAAAAGUGUUGAAUACAAAGUGUUGACAGUGCUGAGUAAGACCUUAAACAUGAACUCACUCAUAAAAACAGCAGCUCUUUGCUCUAUUCGUUGACAGUCUCUCUUUAGUCAUGGUUUUAAACAUUUUGAAAUCUCACAGUAGCAACUUUUCUGUAGCUUUCUUUUAUGCCUGCUACCUUACAGCAGACAUGGUAAUCUGAGCCAUCAGUUUGGCCAGCGUUAGGCCUAUAGUGCACUUGAUUUGCUCUCUGGGCUCGCCGGGAAGGCAGAGUUUGUACCUUCGACACAUGAAAUGGUUCAAAAUUGCAACCGUUCACCUACCCAGCAAGCAGGGCAGCUGAAGUCCAGUGCACCUACCACCAACACCCCGAGACACAAAAAUAAAAUAAAAAAGGAACACAAGGCUUUAUCGUUAGGUCUUUCACAGAAAAGUUUGGCGAUCGACUAGGAAUGCCUUGGAGAUCAGUCGUGACCACUGCUCUAGAAAGUUGAGUGAAGUUCAAUCUCAUGCUUCUCUCUGUGGGCUGAUAUUUCUGCGCGGCAAUCUCGGGCUACUGCAAACAUUGCACGUGACUAUUAAACAAACAAUCUGAAUCCGAUUUAAUUGGAAGUUGGCUUCUCCCGGUUCUGGGAACCCGGGGGAUGUGCAUCUUUGUUUUUGCCCUAGCGCCGACACACCCAAUUUAACUUACCAACAUAUUAGCCUCUGAUUGGAGUCGGUGUGUUGGAUGCUGGGGCAGUUACCUGUUUCUUGCACCCCUUCGGGUCCCCUGGGACUGAGAUUGGGGGAUGCUGUCGUAGGCCAAAUAUGGUAAGAGCUGCUAAGAGAGAACAACAUUCUCUAAUGCAUUCUUAAAAAUGUCAGCAGUGUUGUAAUUGCUCCUUCAUUACUAUGGUUAUCGCCAUUGUUUUUUCAUAUGAUGCCUUGGUGGGGUGGGUGAGGGAUGUAUUAUUGUCAAUGUCUUAAAAUUUGAAAAAUGUACAAAUAAAGUACUUAAAAUAUAUAUUUUUUAUAAAAAAAAAAAAA